GGCCGGGAGGGGCCGUGCUCGCCCUGGGCCUCACGGGAAGUGAUGUUGCCUUGACGGAAAAGUCACGCUUGCAGCCCAAAAAAGGGCAGGUGCGGUGGGACGCGGCGCUGCGCAGCCCUGGUGCCCGGCCAGGGGAUCAGAGUCUGCUUGCUGAGAGGGUUCAGGACGUCUCUUCAGCCUGAGUUGCAGUGCUUGGGAUAAAGUAACGCUUUGAUGAUCUUGGAUCUAAAGAAAGCUAAAUUCAUCAGAAAUACGUCUUGUUUCUUCUAGCCCUGUGUAUCCUGAAUUCUCACUAUGUCUGAUGGGGAUUAUGAUUACCUCAUAAAAUUCCUAGCACUCGGUGAUUCUGGAGUAGGAAAGACCAGCCUUCUUUACCAAUAUACAGAUGGCAAGUUCAAUUCCAAAUUUAUCACAACGGUGGGCAUUGACUUUCGGGAAAAGAGAGUGGUAUAUAGACCCAACGGGCCAGAUGGUAUUGGUGGCAGAGGACAGAGGAUACAUCUUCAGCUCUGGGAUACUGCAGGGCAGGAAAGGUUUCGUAGCCUGACAACGGCUUUCUUCAGAGAUGCCAUGGGGUUUCUUCUGCUCUUUGAUCUGACAAAUGAGCAAAGCUUUCUGAAUGUCAGGAACUGGAUAAGUCAGCUACAAAUGCAUGCAUAUUGUGAAAACCCUGACAUUGUAUUAUGUGGAAACAAGAGUGAUCUGGAAGACCAAAGAGUGGUGAAAGAAGAAGAAGCGAAGGAACUUGCAGGAAAAUAUGGAAUACCAUAUUUUGAAACCAGUGCAGCUAACGGGAAUAAUGUAAGCAAAGCUAUUGAAACUCUGCUUGACCUCAUUAUGAAGCGCAUGGAACGGUGUGUGGAUAAAUCCUGGAUCCCAGAAGGGGUGGUACGCUCCAAUGGGCACAGCUCUACAGAACAACUGAAUGAGGAGCAAGAAAAAGGCAAAUGUGGCUGUUAACUCAGUUACAAUUAAGUUUAUAUCAAGUAUAGUACAGUUGCAGCUUAACUGUUUAACUUAUGGACAAAUCACACUGUAGUUAUUUAAUGAGCUUUGUUAGUCCUUGAUAUUAGUAUUUGGUUUUUUCCUCUCAACAUUCAUCUUUGCUUGCAGUUUAUUAGUGAUGGGACAGAGGUUUAAUUAGGUGUAGCACUGGAUAUUCCUCUAAUUCUGUACUGUGGAAAGGGAGAGGAAUUUUCAUUGCCACUUGCAGAAACAUCUUUCUGUAUUGGCAAUGAGAAAGGGUAGGCUUCUGAACUGAAGGAUUUUCAGUUGCCCUUUGAAGCCUUCAUGAACUACACAGAGGAGGCAUUUAAAUUAGGUACCGUGACAGCUCUUAGUCUCUAACAGAAAGCUUACCAACAUGGUUCAUGGUUUUGAACAGAAACAUUUAGUCAUUUCAUCAGUCAGUAACAAUCUGAAAGAGCAAAUCCUGUGUUUUCCAUAAAAUCCUGCAAAUAGCUUUUCCUUGCUCUCUCAAACCACCAGUUUUCAGUGAUGAAAA